ACUUCGGUUGCCAAGACAACGCUGAACAACUGCGUUUUUCAUUAGAUGUACCAGAAGAUUUAAAUAAAACUUAAUUUACACUCUUAAUCUAAUUUAUAAGCACAUGUGUAUGUUACUGAUGUAGCAAGAGAAUGCAAUGUUUGGAGGGACCGAGGAUACAACCGUGUGAUGAUGGCAGUGCAGUUAUGGGAUCUCUCCCUCCCACUCCCUGCCAUCAUUCUCAUCUCAGUGGGACUCUAUAUGUUGUUUCUAGCAGGUAUUUUAUGGUGCCAUCACUGUCUUAAGGCUCAGUGCACUCCUCAGUGUACAGACUGCUGCCCAAAUGUUUCUCCUUUUGAAUACUGUCACAUCUGUGCACAGUCAUGUGACUGCCGUCCACCAUCCCUGAACAUGUGCCUUGACUACUCCUGUCCCUCUCCGAAUUGUGUCAUGUGGGACUGUGCCUGUACCUGCCAAGCACCUCAAUGUGAUUCCAUCAACUGCUUCUGCUUUGAGAUCAAGUUCAAAUAGAGGAAUGGGAAGCAGAAAUGCUGGAUUUGUACUUGCUUGUAAAAUAAAGAAUAUAGUUUGUUCUAUACCAUAUUUAGUUAGAUAUUCAGAAGUGCUUUUGGGUAUUAUGUUUACAGGAUUUGUUUUGCCUUUCUCCUCUUGUUGAAAACGUGUACAAAUGUGUGUAUACAAAUGGAUGUUUUCAGUGUAUGCAAGCAGUCACAUCACAAAAGCAUUUUAGGAUUUUUAAUAUUUACUAGAAGUAAAAAUGCCCCUUAAAUUUAGACAAAGUACUUGUGAGAGCCAAGGAGGCCUUGUGUGUAGCUACCAGGAUGUGUGUAAGGCUUUUUUUUGUUGUUAAAAUCUUAUUAGGAUAAAUGUGUUAAAUGGCCAGGUUUGAAAUGUGUUAUGAACAAGUGUUUUCAUUCUAUUCUCCAUUUUAGUGUCUGAUUAAGGUUGUCAGCUGUGCUCUUGUGUUCAUUAAAGGACUUUAUAUGUUUACAUUUAUUCAUAUUUUUAAAACAUGGUCUGCACUUUGGAAUGCAGGUCUCCGUUAUUAACAAGCAUUAACUGUCCAUACUUUCUUCCUUAGUUUACAGUCGUUGCAUUUCAGUAGUCAGUUCUACACAUUUCUGCAGUAAUAACACUAUUACAAUGUUAAAGCACUGAAGCUAUUUUGAUAUAAAGUAAUUUUGUUUUUUUAUUUUAUUUUUGUAU